ACUCUCUCUAUAUCUCUUCGUUUCUCUCUCUAUAUCUAUCUGCAGCAUUGGAUUCUCGGACCUUUUUUUCGCGAAAAUGGGUUCUCGGACCGGGUCGCACCAGUUGAGCAAUGGACUGUACGUUUCCGGCAGGCCGGAGCAGGCGCCGAAGGAUCGAGGUCCGGCAAUGGCGUCGCGCGCGGCGCCGUACACCGGCGGCGACGUGAAGAAGUCCGGCGAGCUAGGGAAAAUGUACGGAGUGGAUUUCUCGAGCGGAGAGAUCAACGGGCCGCCCGUGCUGAAGGCCUUAUCGAGAGCUUCAUCGUCUUCGCAGCAGUUGCAGAGCAGUGUCCACGUCAGAUCCGGCCCGAACUCGGGGGAGCUUCCUCAUAAAUCCAAUAACUCCGGCCCGAUCCCGAAGAAAUCAUCGUCUUCUUCGUUUUCGGGCCCAAUCAUGACGCCCAUUCAGCCCACCGGGCUCAUCACCUCUGGCCCACUGGGCGCCGGCCGCCGCUCCGGCCACCUCGAGCCCCCCGCCGUUCCGUCCACCAAAGUGCAGUACGGCGCGGCGGUUACUAGGUUGAGCGAGCAGACGAAGCUAGGGUUUAGAGUGUCGAAGCUCGCCACGUGGGCGUUUCUAGUGGUGCUUUUAAUGGCUCUGGUAGUCGGAGCCUUCUUGAUGGUUGCGGUGAAGAAGGCGAUUGUCCUCAUUGCCCUCGCCGGAGUUUUAGCGCCGUUGGUGGUGUUGUUUAUAUGGAAUGUGGCGUUUAAAGAACGAAGCUUGCUGGGCUUUCUGAAAAGACAUCCUAAUGCUGAGCUUAGAGGUGCCAUUGAUGGACAGUACAUCAAGGUCACUGGGAUUGUCACCUGUGGCAGUAUCCCUCUCGAAGCUUCUUUCCAGAGGAUACCAAGAUGCGUAUAUGCGUCAACAGAAUUGUAUGAAUACAGAGCGUUGGGUGCAAAAUCCGCAAAGUCUAGGCACUGCUUCUUCACAUGGGGACUAAGGCAUUCUGAGAGAUACGUGGCUGACUUCUAUAUAUCAGACUACCGGACUGGAUUAAGGGCUCUAGUGAAGGCGGGCCAUGGAGCUAAGGUUGCUCCAUUCGUGAAAUCAUCAACCGUUGCUGACAUGACAAAGAGCAACAGGGAUUCGUCUCCAAAUUUCUUGCAGUGGCUUGCAGAUCGAAGCCUCUCAAGUGAUGACCGUGUAAUGCGCCUCAAAGAAGGAUACAUCAAGGAAGGAAGCACGGUGAGUGUAAUGGGGGUCGUGAGGCGCCAUGAUAACGUGCUGAUGAUAGUUCCACCGAGAGAAGCUGUUUCGGUGGGCUGUCAAUGGAUGCAAUGCAUAGUCCCGACCUACACCGAAGGACUAAUCUUGACAUGCGAAGAUGCCCAAAGUGAUGAUGUAAUUCCUGUAUAGAUCUGCAGAAAACCAUCUUGAACCUCGAUUUAGAUCUCAUCAGAUAUGGCUGAAAAAGCGAUAGCAAUGUUGGGAAAAGCCAGAGCUCUGAGGAUUUGGAAGUGUGUAUAAAAUGGCAUGGAGAGUGAAGAAGAAUGGGUUGAUCCAUCACUUUUUGCUGUAAUGGUGACCCCAUAGAUCUGUUCCUGCCUGAGUUUAGCCAUGCAGUGUUUGCAUUGAGCUGCUGAUAUCAUUCACAAUUUUUCCUUUAGCCUGCCUCGUGUAAAUAUUUUUAUUUUUUAUUGAGCUGCUUUUUGUGCUUAUUACUGUACC